GUGCAGCAAAGCACCCCCUUUUUAGCGGUGCUCUACCUUUAGCAGCUAAAGUCAAAGCAUUGCUUUGUUCUUGUCUUUAACCAGACCUAAAUCUGGAUUUACUGUUAUUGCUGCGACACCGAGUCAGCCAACGUUUGAGAUGUGAAGAAAUGCGGUGGCGAGGUCUUUUCCAGCGAUGUGUUUUGAAGUGUCCUGUCACCGAGACAGGACAAGUUUCCCGCAGACCUUACACACAUGAAGCUUCGCUGUAUGUGCAUUGGCCCUACUGCCUGAAGCGAUGCUCCUACUGCAACUUCAACAAGUACAUCCCUCGCUCAGUGGAUCAUGCGCUUAUGACACAGAGUCUGCAGAAAGAAACCCGGACACUGCUGCACAUCAGCCAGGUUUCUCGCAUUACCUCUGUGUUUUUUGGUGGUGGGACACCCAGCCUGGCCCAACCCUCUACCAUCGCUGCUGUACUGGAGACUGUAUCAAAACAUGCACAGUUUUCUGCAAAUGCUGAGGUCACCUUGGAGGUAAACCCCACACCUGGAGCGAAAGCCAGACUCAGAGACUUUGUAGCAGCCGGAGUCAAUCGAUUUUCUAUUGGGAUGCAGUCUCUGAACGACAGCAGUCUGAGGGUACUGGGGAGAGAUCACAGUCCACAGCAAGCUCUCCAGACGCUCUCAGAGGCCAGGACACUGUGCCCUGGACGUGUGUCAGUAGAUGUUAUGUUCGGGCUUCCAGACCAAAGUGAAGAUUCAUGGCAGAGAGAAAUGGAGGAGGUGCUGUCCGUCUGUGAUGACCAUGUGUCACUAUACCAGCUGACCCUGGAGAGGGGCACUCAUCUCUUCAAACAAGUCCAGUUGGGUGAAGUGCGUGUGCCUGGUGAUGACGUUACCGCCACGAUGUACAAAACUGCUAGAAAUAUUCUCAAGAAGGCGGGCUUCCUCCAGUACGAGGUGUCCAACUUCGACAGGAAUAAUGCUGUUAGCACACAUAACAUUGGCUACUGGAAAGCACAGCAGUACAUUGGUGUUGGACCUGGAGCACAUGGCCGUUUUGUUCCUCAUGCACAACAGGGGGUUCUGAGGGAAGCGCGCACUCAGACAUUAGAGCCAGACGUUUGGAUAAGAGAAGUCCAGCAGCACGGGCAUGCAACACGCAGGCGGAUACAGCUGAGCCAUCUUGAGCUGUUGGAAGAAGUUUUGGUCAUGGGACUACGAAUGAAUGAAGGAAUCUCUCACCAGCACUGGGCAGAGUUCAGUCCAGAGGCAAAUUUGCAUCAAGUUUUCGGAAUAUCAGAAGAUUUUCAGCAACUGCAACAGAGGGGUCAUCUGAUCCUCGAUGACAGGGGGCUGCGUUGUUCCUGGGAAGGUUUAGCUUUACUGGACAGUAUUUUGCCUACGCUGCUGCUGAGGCUGGAGAUGUUCUUCCAGAAACCUGCGGGCUGUGCUGCACCUGCAGACAGGACACAUGGACAGAGAGAGAGAUGACUGAGCUCAGCCAGUCAGAGAGGAAGAGAACAUAAAUCAGAGUGCUCAAUUAUGCAAGUUUCAGGAAUUGUGAAAGUACAAAGCAUAUUCCUUCUGUAUUUUGGAGCUGAUUCUUGUAAUGGAAUGCAAAGAGAAGCUUUUCCAAGUGCACUUCCUCUUUCUUUUAUAACAGAUGGCUCCUUUGUUGUGGUGGACUGAAGUUUCAAAAGAGGAUAAAAUUUUCCAUCUGGUAUCGAGUGCUAGGUGCACAUCUCAAAUGAACUAAGAAAAAACACGCCCUCGGAGUGUGUUUCCUGAGUUGAUCAGCAGAAAGAUUACUGCAAUUCUCUUCUCUUUCCAUGCUCUUUUCAUCACAUUAAAGAAAUAUUUCAGCUGAAAAGCUUAGAAAAAGUAUGGAGUAUCACAGUUUCCCUGCUUAAAAGUGUACACAUAAGCUGUUAUUGUAAGAUGUUUUUCGGACCACAUCAUAGUUUUGAUUAAGUUCUCUUUGAACUUUCACAAUCAUCAGUUUCGUCAUGUUAUUUCACACGAUGUGUGAUUUUCACCGUAGGGGUCUCUAAAUCCCAAACCUACAUAGAGUGGCUUUAACUAACAGUUGGAAAUUGGGCGAAGUACCUUCAGCUGGUCUGCUUAUGUUUACAUUGUGCAUUGACUGUUUUGAGUCAUUCAUGCAAUGCACCACUCUUCCAUAGCACCCCUAUUGCUAGCCAGUCAUCUUGUCAACCUCCACAACCUCUCAUAUGAGUGUGUUCCAUUUGCUUGCAAAUGGUGUGAGGUUCGGAUAAAAAGUACACAAGCAAUGUUAUUAUGUUUGUUGCCUGUUGGUUAAAAAAAGACUUAAAGAUAAAAUUUGUCCAUUGUCCAAUUUGGCUGUGAAGAAACUGGAAUCAGCCAUAAAAAUUUAUGAUGAGGGCAUCCCAAGUUAAAACCAACAUAAUUACAAGUAACUGGUAAUAAAAAUCCACUUUUGCAUUGAGUGUCAACACAGUAUGUAAUACAAAAAAUGCAAUGUUAUUUAUAUUUGAAUUAUUUAUAUUAAAUAUAUAUCCUGAGUUAUUCAGUUUUGCAGAGAUAUUUCUGAGGCGAUUAGAUGCAAGAUAAUCCACUUGCAUAUGGAAGAAGAAAGUCAAAGGAAAAUAAUUGAAAAAAAAUACAGAGAAGUGGGACUUUUAACCAUCUUGCAAGAUGUGGUAGACCAACAAACCUGUCCCCAUCAGAUAAACAGAAGAAAAAAAAAUGCUAUCAAAGAAAGAAGCUGCUGGUGUUCUCAGAACAGUAGACUGACC